UCUCAUUGGAGAAGUGCUCACAGCCAGUUUCCUCGUCCUCAUACAAGCCUUACACACACGACAGAGGAGUUCCUUCAAAAUGCAGAUGUCCGAGCAAAAUAUGUCGGAGCUAGAGGGUGCUAUGAUUACCAUCAUCCGUGUGUUCCACAAAUAUUCUGGUCACAAGUGUAAGCUGAAGAAAGCGGAGCUGAAAGAUCUUAUCAAUAACGAGAUGACUCACUUCAUCAUGAAGAUUCAAGAGAACGAGACUCUGGAUGAGCUCUUUGCAGACCUUGACCAGAACGGAGACCUGGAGAUCGACUUCCAAGAGUUCAUCGCUCUGAUUGCGAUGGUCACGUCAGCCUGCCACGACCUCUUCAUUCCAAAUCACCAUCACAGUUAGUCUGCCAUAUGUACACAGUAAAACUCUGAGGAAUACUG